UUUUGCAGUCCGCAAGUUUCAAGUUUGUGAAGUAAAACCUUUUAGCCGCUGCGGCUGCGGCUAACCUCCGUUCAAGUUGUUAUGGAGCAGCCUCAUGAUUAUGACGAGAGGAAGCCUUUAAGAGUCACCAGCAACACCCCGAAACUACUGCUGUCUUCGACGGUAACGUCAUCGCAGCCGCUGCUUGUCCUUCCGGAUGAACUCCUCACAGAAGUCUUGACGAGGCUUCCGGCAAGGUUACUUCUUCGUUUACGGAGUGUGUGCCGUUCAUGGAGAACUCUAAUUUCCAGCUCCCAAUUCGCCAACUAUCAUAUUCAACGUUCAAUCGCCGCUGAUCCAAGUUUGAGUGGGCCACGAGUUGCUUUUCAUCAUAGUUUUGAAUUCAAUUGCAUCACAUUCGGAGAUUUCUCCUUACAAUCCUUGGUCGAGAACCCUUCCGAACCUACAGAAGUCGUUCUCUUCGAGGAGAGACCACGUUGCCACGAAAUUAAUAGCUCUUGCAAUGGAUUGCUGUGCAUGCAUGGGGGUGCUCACAGCCUCAACAACAGUGUCAUGUUGUGGAAUCCCUAUACUGGAUUGACAUCCCAAUCGCUGAAAAUUAGGGGUUUCAUAUGGAAUUCCGGUUUCGGCUAUGAUCAUGUGAAUGACAAGUACAAACUUGUUGCGGUUGUAAAGCAGAUGCGGGAGCGGAAACCCCAAACCAGAAUUUAUACAUUUUGUGGGAACCCUUCCAUGAGAACAAUUCAAGAUAUGCCGUGUGGCGUAGUUGGUGAUGAAACGGGGGUAUUUGUGCCUGGCACCGCCACUCUUAAUUGGGUUUGUCAGCAUAUGGAGUACUUGGUUAUUUCCCUUGACUUGGUGAAGGAGACUUUUAGUGAGUUUUCUCUGUCUCUCAAGGAUCCAGACAAUAAAACCUUCGACUUCCCACAGUUAUGUGUGCUGAGGAACUGCCUCGCAGCUUGUGUCAGCCAUGAUGAGAAGACUCAUUGGUCUGUGUGGCUGAUGGAAGAGUAUGGAGUGCCUCAAUCUUGGACUAAAUUUGCCAGCAUCUCCUGCCACCCGAGUCUAUCUGGUCAUCAUUUACGCCCAUUGUAUAUCUGGGAAAAUUAUGUUCUUAUGGCGGCUGCAGCAUAUUCAAAGAUAGUUCUGUAUAACUUAGAUCAUGACGGCUUUGAAUUUCCUGUAUUGGAACAUACUCCUCCGUCUAACAAACUGGGAUUGUACUUCUGUAUUUAUCACGAAAGCUUAGUUUCACCACCAUAUCGUAGCCUUCCAAGUACAUCAUCCCAGAUCCAGUUAAUCAAGCCCUAACGGACAAGCUGUCUUCUGAAUGUUGUUUCUCCUUCUUGUCCACCAAACUGAAAGCACAGAUUUCUCUCCUGAAAGCGCAGAAGAGGUUGAAGGUUAUUAAUUCAAGUUCUUUUGAUACAAGAAAAAACCAGGCCAUGUAAUUGCAGUGCCAGUGAGGGAGAACCAUCAAGCAGUGCUGCACAGGCAAGCAUUUCCUUUUGCUUUGUAACUUGGAUCCUUGAGAUUCUAUUGUCCCUGGAUACCUUUUUUGGGUGGCUGGAGCAUAACCCUUUAUUUAUUGAAUUGAACACGCAAUAGGCUUGAUAGAGGCAGGGAAGGAAUUGCAAGGACUUAAAGCUCUGGAUCUAAAUAAACCAUUGCACCUCACUUCGAUGCUUAUAUCAUUUAAGAGAGAUGAAGCCCUGUUCAAAUACUUGUAAUCUGCCAUUCGUCUCUUGUAUUCCUUGUGUAAUUUAGCCUCCCGAAAUUCUAAACUUGAAUAGGUUAAUAUUAAUAGUGGAAUAUUUUGAUCAUUUGAAGACUAAUAACACUAG